UAGUAACCGGUUUAGCAAUAUUUGCAAAUCUGAAACCGGUUUUAUGCCAUAAUAGUUUACAUCUCGAUGGGAAAUUCAGUUAAGGAUGCGGAAGUCAUACAAAGUUUAUGUUGUGUUGACGACAAUAUUAUCUAAAAUAUCUUAAAAAUGUUAAUAAAGUUAACAAUGAUUAUAAACUCUCUGCUAUUCUUAUCAAAGGCAUAAUAUUAAGGUAAAAUAACAUUAACAGGUUCCUGUGCGUAAUUACAUAUCUGGAACGAAUAGUACGWGGGAAAUCGAUUUUUCCAUCUACACCAACAACCCCUUCGAAAACGAACCAGGUGGUGUAGCUAGUGAUAAUUUAUUUUACAUAAAUUAAAUUAACAAACAAUGUGGUUUAAUGCAGAUUUGUUUUGAAAACCACGUAGUUAAUAUGCCUUUCUCACUGCAUCACUGUUGGAGUCCAUCGAAAUUACUCUUAGCCUGCUAAGCAAAAAACUCAUGACAAAUUAUUAAACGAUGCCAGAAAAUUUAGAACUCCAUCAGUUUGUCGACGGUUUUCGUCAUGGCGAAACUUCACAUAGAAUACUUACGCGCCUCAAAGCAACACUUAAUUGCCCUUAUUUGGGUAUUAUAUUAGCUACACUCUCCUCGCUUUUUUUCUCACUAUGUUCGGUGAUAGUGAAGGGCCUCGUGGACGUAAAUCCAAUGGAGCUUGCUUCAUUUCGGUUUAUUGGUGUACUGCUUCCUGCAAUACCCAUCGUUGUCUACAAUCGAUACCCGGUAUUUCCCGAAGGCCAACGUGUGAUAUUACUGUUACGCUGCUUUAUGGGCACGACCGGUUUAAUGUUAAGUUUUUACGCUUUUCGUCAUAUGCCACUCGCCGAUGCUAGUGUUAUAAUCUUCUCAACGCCWGUAUUUGUUGCAAUUUUUGCGCGAGUGUUUCUCAAGGAGCAUUGCAGCCUCUUCAACAUCGUCACCAUCUUACUUACUCUAGUUGGCGUAGUGCUAAUUACACGACCACCUUUUGUCUUUGGUGAUGCUGCCCCUUCAAUGGAGACUGAACGCUUUUCAGGGAAAACCUACGACAUUUGGGGUCCAGUUGCUGCCAUAUCAUCCACAUUAUUUGGUGCCAAUGUGUAUAUAUUGCUUAGAGCCCUCAAAGGGCUACAUUUCUCCGUCAUAAUGACAAAUUUUGGUGCUUUUGCCCUGGUGUAUACAUUUAUUGUGUGCGGUUCGAUAGGCGCAUUGUGCUGGCCAGCAUGUGGACGAGAUCGUUGGCUUGUGGUGGUACUUGGUAUAUUUAGCUUUUUGGGUCAAAUAUUACUCACAUUGUCACUGCAAAUGGAGCAAGCUGGACCGGUGGCUAUUGCACGUUGUGCAGAUAUUGUAUUCGCAUUUAUAUGGCAAAUCAUGUUUUUUGGGGAAACUCCAACUGGCUAUUCCCUAUUAGGCGCCUUGUUAGUAGUGAGUUCAGUUAUUUUGACAGCGCUUAAGAAAUGGGCAUUGUCGCUACCACGGGAGUCCUCGGCUAGAAAACGACUACGAUAUUUAUUAUUAAAUUAAAAACAUAUAAUAUUAAUGGAGCAUACAAAUAUUACGACAUUAAUAAUAGAAGCGCAUUGUGGUUUCUCUCAUAGGAUGAUAAUUAUAAUAUUGCAUCUACGUAGUAAUAUAUUAAAAGUAAUAAUUAAGAAACGAAUCAACUAAUAUACGUUAGCAAAACCAAACAAACUACA